AUGUCAUCGUCAGAGUCCAGUCUCCCAGAAGCCUGUUGGGCAGCUUUCGUCGUGGCGCUCCUUGAGCAGGACCGCAGUCUUGAUUUGGAAGCCGAUGAGGACUGCGCAGUGAUGACCGCAGGCACUGCCCCAGCAGAAGCUGAAGAUGUGCUUGUGGAGGAGGUUGAGGAAGCUGUCGGCACACCCGCCGUCGAGGAGCCAGCUCCUGAUGCAGAGCCGGAAGCAAAAGAGAACAGUCCUCUGGGCAAAGGCGCCGAGGAGUCCUUCCUCUCCGACUCGACGGUGCCGAUGAUGCACAUGAAUGCGACCCCUGGAACCACCGAUGCGGAUCACUCCUUCCAGACCGAAGGAAUGAGUCGAGCUGUCCUCCAUGGCUCAUUCUUGGAAGACGACUCCCUCAUGACUCCACCGAUCCGGGAUGGCAGGUUCCACACUCCAG